UGUACAUAGCAUACAAGCUAGCUAGUAGUACACAGUGUACAUAGCAUACAAGAUAGCUAGUCACCAGCCGAGGCAAGAUGCCUCUUCGCCAAGAAGCACAUUCGAUUUAUUGUGUAAUCACGUAACACAUUUAAAAAUAACAUUACGACUCAAGUAGCAUAAUAUAAAUAUAACAUCACAACAUAUCGCUGUUGUUAAAAUACUUAGAAGAACGUUUUGAACGAACGAAUCGCCGUUAAAAGUUUUAGCUGAGGUGACGCAUGCGCGCAAAGUGGCUCCGCCUCUGUUGGCGCGUCUUGGGGACGUACGAGGACGCAGGGAGGAUUUGGACCCGACAAAACAAGCUCCUCGUCAAAACAAUCCUCAGCAUCAAGCUCGACGACCUCACCAGAGACCGCAACCUUGGAAGGCCUCAGGUUGCCGUGACGAUGAUUGGCAAGAUCCUCUCCCAACUGCUCGGCGGCAGCGGCGGCGACUAUGAGACGAGCGGCGACACUCUGGAGGAGCUACUGGAGUCUGAGGAGGGCGGAUGGGUCGUUGUUAAUCUGCCAGACAAUGGACCGCUGUUGGCACCCGAGGCGGACUCCUUGGAGAACCUGCUGAUCGAGCACCCCAGCAUGUCCGUCUAUCAGAUGAGACGCAGGAUGAGUGGAACUAAGGAGGAGGAGGAUGGUUCGGAUGAUGAUAACUCUCCAAGGUCCGCGGCGGUGAGGCGGCACAUCUCAUGGCGUCUGGCGGCGUGGGGCAUCCUGCUGCCUGUGGACGUGCGGCUGAUGGCGCCCCAGCGGGCCUGGGGUGCAGCCGAGCGCAAGAGGCUGAGCCGCAGCGCCCUCGCCAGGCAGAACCUGGUCAAGACGCGCUUCUUGGCGUCAGAGAGGCGCUACGGACACUUCAAGCAGCCCAGCCAGCGUCUGUACAACUAUUGACACCUCUGCAAAGUGGAAGAGGAAGUGAUGAUGAUGCCACACGGGUGUGCCUUCAUCAAACAUUGUACAGUCCAAAAAGCAAGAAAAAAACAUGUUCUAGUGUGACAUUUUCACUUGAUUUCCUGUUAGAUGUGUAAAUACUGCGCUUUUUUUAUUUGGGUCUAUUUAUAAAAUGUACAAAAAAAAUGUAAAAAUAAAUCUUUCUUAAGAUGGCGCCGAAGCGUCUUUAUGGGCUCCGCCUCCUCGCA